ACGAGUUGCUACGAGUGGUGGGCAGAUAAUAUACUUACCGCCAUCAUGCUGAAGCUUUGUAUUUUGGUGCUGGCAACUGUCAGUUAUGUGUCGUCGGCUGGCGUCAGUGAUGCGAACACAUUCGUGGACACCAUUUUCCGGGAAAAGAUGCCAUUCCUCGUGAAGGGAUCACCGCGGCUUUUCCCCUACGCGACCAUCGCAGACUUCAAGUUCAAGGUGUACAAGAACCAGAUCACCAACCGUGAUCUGAAGGUGAACAUGACACGCGGCGAGAUCCGAGGACUGGACACUGCUCUGCAGCGGUUGGGAGACUGCCAGGCGCCUUUUCUCCGUGACGGACAGACCGUCGUCGUCUGCAACCUUGCCGUACAGGGACUCAACAUUACCUUCACUUCGCUGGCAAAAGGAGACACCCUCGUCGCCAUUUGGAAGACCAUCUGGGUGAACGUAGGAGUGAAGGACACCAUGGCCCAGUUCGAAGCCAGCGCUCCUAUUGGUCAGGGCGGAACCCUGCGCACUUUCCUUAUCGAUGACAUCAGGCUUGACGUCACGUACGACAGCAACUUGAGCCUCAACGAGGGACGCCAGCAGAAGUUCAAGGAGGAAAUCAUUGUCAGAGUCAAGGACGAGCUGAGACACAUCUUCUACAACGACUACAAGGACCUUCUGCGCCGGGCUGUUGAGUCGGUCACGUUCCCCAGGAUCUAACCUGACCAUGAAUGCGAUGUGUGAGAUCGUUACAGAGACCAAAGUGACCUCGACUCACGCAUGCGACUGAAGCAAUCAGUUUCGUCUUCCAACGUAGUCAUGCUUCUUGGCCUCCUUUGCGAAGUGUCCAGCCCAUCUUUGUGACAACGUUUGUACUAUCAUAUGUACCUAUAUCACUGUCCAGUUUAUUAAAAGAAAUGAUGGCCAUUUUAUGCCUCAUGCGAGACAAGAACCUGCAGUGUUGGAAUUGCAACCCCACCGCAUUGAAUGUGCAAGUAAAGCCAAAAUGUGCUGCGUUUAUACGUUCCUAAAAUAAAGAAACAACACACUGAA